AUGGGCGUUUCAACUAUGUGUACACCAAGGUGUAGACAUCAAGUCAACAAUUGUGAAGUAUGUGACAGUGAGACAACGUGUCAAAAGUGUAUAGAUGGUUAUAUAUUAAUAGAUGGACAGUGUCAGACAUGUCAGUACUAUGGAGAGUGCUACCAAUGUGAUAUUUAUAAAUGCACUGCAUGUAGUGCAAAUUACAAAUAUCGUUCUGAACUCUCACGCUGUGACUUUUGUGAAACAGAGUUGGGGUAUUAUUUUAGUGGUAACGACUGUUAUAAAUGCAAUUCGAUAUGCAAGUUAUGUACAAGCGCUUCAAUUUGUACUGAGUGUAUAGACGGUUAUUAUUUAAAAGAUUCAAAGUGUUUGCCAUGCACAUUAACUGGCUGUUCAAAAUGUUUAGAAACGGAGUGUUUAACAUGUAAAACGGGGUUUUAUUUAAACAACGAAAAGUUGUGCAGUCCAUGCUCGGACUAUGGGAAGUGCAAUCAAUGUACAAUAGACGGAUGUACUUUAUGUGCCAAUAAGAUGUAUUACAACACAACUACGAAAUUGUGUGAGAGUUGUGUUGAAGAAUGUGAUGUUUGUGAGAACUCGUAUUCAUGUAAUAAGUGCAACAAUGCCUCUAUCUAUUACAAAGAAGAUGAAAUAAAGUGUGCGACUUGUCCAGUUAAUAACAAAUAUUUUGUCAAAGGAUUAAAUUGCAAAAAUUGA